AGAGCACAGGCGACAUGGACACACUGGAGCGAGCGCUGUUCUGCCUGGAACAAGGCUUUGAGCUGCAGUUCCGUCUGGGCCCGACGCUCCAGGGUAGAGAAGUCCGGGUGUACACCAACUACCCAACCAACGGCUACAAGUUCAACCGCCUGCAGUUCCAUCCACUGGACUGGGUUUACCCCAACAGCCAAAAGGAUGACUGCGAUAAGUACUGCAGGCUGGACCUGACGGUGGCCGGGUCCUACCAGUACUACUUCUCCUGUGGCGACAAGGAGAAGGUCAGUGGUGGGUACAUCGUGGUAGAUCCAGUACUGAGGGUCGGAGCCAGCAAUGACAUCCUGCCGCUGGACCGCAUCAGCAGCCAGACGUACCUGGCCAAAGGUCUCGGUCCAGUGGACACGUGGCUCAGCAGGAUCAGGGUUGCAAAGGAAACCGGAUACAACAUGAUCCACUUCACCCCCCUGCAGAGACUGGGCUCGUCUGGACUCUGUUACUCCAUCUCAGACCACCUGGAGCUGAACCCGGCCUUCUCAGCAGGGGCGAAGAGCUGCACCUGGGAGGACAUCGGACGCCUCGUGGAGACGCUGAGGAGGGACUGGAAUAUGAUUUGCAUCUCUGACGUGGUCUACGAUCACACAGCGGCUGACGGAGCCUGGAUCCUGCUGCACCCUGAAUGUGGCUACAACCUGGUGAACUCCCCGGAGCUGAGGCCGGCGUGGCUCCUGGACCGAGCCCUGUGGCACUUCAGCUGCCAGAUGGCUGAUGGGACGUUCUCCAAACAAGGACUACCAGCACUCAUUCAAGACGAGCGCCACAUGACCGCUCUGCGAGGCGUCCUGUGGCAGCAGGUCUUCUCCAGGCUCAGCCUCUGGGAGUUCGGGCAGGUGAAUGUGGACGAGGCUGUGGAUCAGUUCAGACAAGCUCUGCAGAAAGGUGCAGUCAGCAUCCGUCCUCCGGCUGGUUCCACAGAGCUGAAGACGCUCCAGGAUCCACAGUGCCGACGCUUUGGACGGACGGUGGACCUGGGUUCGGCCGUGCUCGCGUUCUCACCUCUCAGCUCCAAGCCAGCAGACAUCGAAGAGUCCUGCUGCCGCUUGAGGAAGAAACUGGAAGAAUUGAACUGGGAAGAAUACAGGAAGAUGAGUCUCUGCACAGAGCAGGUGUUGGACAGCGUGCUGGAUCAGGUGCGUUCAGAGCGUCUUGCAGUGGACGGUCCCCGGCUGGCCGUGGUCUCCAGGGAGCGUCCCCUCUGUCCCAGGUACUUCACCUUCCCGUUCGGAGAGCUGAGCCUUGCUGAGGAGAAGCAGCUGCUGCAGACGGAGACGGCCGGCCGCGUCCUGGCUUACGACACCUUCCUGAGGGGAGACCCGCUGCGGAGGUCCGCCGAACCCGACCCAGAGAAGCUGCUGCGACGACAGCUGGAGGUUCGAGGCAACGACGUGAAGCUGCGCUACGGAGAGACGCCCGAGGACUGUCCCCAGCUGUGGGCCCGCAUGAGGGCCUACGCCGAGCUCACUGCCAGGGUCUUCUCUGGCGUCUGCGUGGUCGACUGCUCCUCCACCCCUCUGCACGUGACGGAGGCGAUGCUUGCAGCAGCCAGAGCCCUCAGGCCUAACUUCUAUGUGAUGGCUGAGCUGCAGGCUGGCAGUCAGCUUACUGACUCUGUCUUUGUGAACCGCCUGGGGAUCACCAGCGUGGUGCGAGGUGUGGCUGACCGGCACAGUGAGGAGGACUGGCUCUCCUGCUUCGGUAAAGAGCCAAUCGGUGCCUUUGUCCAGCCCAGCCUUCGACCUCUGACCCCGGCUGCCGCUCACAGCAUGUUCAAGGACAUCAUCCCGGACUAUUCCAGACCCAUGAAGGACUGUUCCGUGUACAACAUCAUGGUGGACUCCACCCUGGGUUCUAUGGCGUGCUGCGCUACAGGCAGCACCAGAGGAUACGACGAGCUGCUGCUCCACCAGGACUCUGGGAGGAGAGAAGCUGUUCACUACGCCUGCUGGAGCAGUGAUUGCCCCCAAAGAGAACCACACCCACCUGGGAACCGGGAUCCUGGCUGCCAGACUGGCUCUGAACACCCUGCACCAGCAAGAGGGAGGACGGACGAGGAUGCUACAGCGUCCCCUGCUGGUCCCCCCCUCAUCUACGCAGGCCUGCAAGGGCUGAUGUCUGUGAUGGCAGAGAUUCGUCCUCACAAUGAUCUUCAUCAUCCGUUCUGUUUGAACCUGAGGCGAGGAGACUGGAUUCUGGACUACACCGUCAGCAGGCUGCUGGCCAAGGGGGGCCCUGUGGCGGAGGUGGGUCUCUGGUUCGAGGCCAUGUUUGGUUACCUGAAGCGUCUUCCUCGUGACCUGGUGCCGUCGUACUUUGACGCCAUUGUCCAGGGAGCCUACACCACUGCUCUCAACGCCGUGUUCUCCAGAAUGUCCAGCUUUGUGCAGACUGGCUCCAGCCUGGUCAAACAGCUGGCUCUGGGCUCGGUGCAGAUGUGUGGACCAGGUCACAGCUGGACUCAGCUCAACCUGUCCCCUGGCCUGAAGGUGGAGCUGCAGAGCUGCGUGUCCCUGGCAGCAG